AGUUUUAAUAAUAAUGAUUUUAAAACAAAAUGUGUUAUACUUCACUUAGAAGGACUAAAAGACUUGAUAAAACAAAAUGUGUUAUUCUUUCCCUUUACUUUCUCUAAAUAUUUUGAACAUUGUUUAUUUGUUUCGUGUGAUUGUCAACAGCUCUCCAAACCAUACCGAGCACCGAUCUAUUUGACUGCACAGAACACGAAAAGCUCAGAAUCGGUGAAGGAGAAAGCAUGUGAACCAUCCACAUGGAAUACGCCUGAAGUUCAGGAACCCCAACAGCCAAAUUCUGAAGAAGAACAAACACAACAUUCAGUUUUAAUGGACUCCUCUGACAAACAGUCACAACAAGUGUCUCCAAAAACAGAGAAAAUCCCAUCACAAGAAUUCAAAACAGCAAUGGAUGAUGACAAUUUGGCCCAAAACACAAUCAUUCCUAAUGAAACCAUCUCGGGAAAGAAACUUUACGAGAAUGUUGCAGAAAUUAUCACCCUGAUGAAACCAGAAACUAUCACAGAGGAGAAGAAGACUGAUGACGAAAGCCAUCUGGAGAAUAUCCCGAAACCUGAGACUUCUUCUCCGAAGGAAAAAUGUCAGAAAUCUGCUGAAAACGCCUUAGAACCCGAGGUUCUUUCUGGGGUUUCUGAGAAAACUGAACACAAGUCCACAGUAAACAACUCUGCAAAUCUUGAGACUGCCGAGAAGAAAACAGAAGAAGAUCAGCCUUCCGAAGAGCCCACCAGUGACCACAAUAAGACUACUAUGGAGAAAGAAAUUGAGGAAAAACAGGUUGAACACCCUUUGAUGUCUGAGGUAGUACCUUCAGACGAGAAAACAGAACAGAUUUCCAAAGAAGAAAAUACCCUAAACCCUUAUUUUCCUCAAAAUGACAAGACAGAACCGAAACCUGAAGAAGAAAACAACUCUGACAAACCCGAGAAAGGAAUAGAAGAAAAUGUUCUAGAGGGAUAUACUGAAAAAGUCAGGAAUGAUACUGAGGAAGAAAACACUCAAAUCACUGGAAGUCUUAAUGUUAAUAAAGCAAACGGGGAGGAAAAGGAGGAGGAGGAGCCUACAAAACCUUUGGAGAAGAGAGAAGCAGCACAAGGAAAACCAAACGCCCAACAGCAACAACCUGAAACAAUAACUGGGGAGAAGGAAAACACUGCUAUGCUGUUGGAUCAACUUCUCAUGAAGGAAAUGGAAGAGAAAUGGAUAGGAGGAUGAUAAUAGAGUUGUAGAAAUAGAAAAGAUCCAACUAAUUAAUCAUAUCAAAUCUUUGUACAGCUAGGACUCAUAUUCUUGUAGUGUACACACAUCUUCUCCCUGUAAAAUAGAGAUUAUAUUAAUUUUAUGUUUCAUCUUUUGUAUGUGGCAGGGGUAUUGAGGCAUUGCAUUAUCUUUUGUCAAUCUCCCUAUAAAAAGAAAGGCUAAAAGUCAAAUAUGCUCG